CAUACCUUGAGUCUUAGCACUUUGAGAGACGAUUAGCGCUAGUGGCGUGUUUGUAUCGCGCACCCCGCGUGCGUACGCUGAACUGCUUUAUUAUUAUUUGCGAGCUUUGUGGUUGCAAACUCGCAAACUCCUAGUCGUGUUGUCUCGUUCCGCCGGACCACCAAUCUGAUUGACAGUGUUCGUUUUCGGACAUUGUCCACAAUAAUUAUUAUUGUAAAUAUUAUUACUUCAUGUUGUAAUCGGUCCGUCACGUGCGGUGACGAUGUGAUAACGACGGAUUAGUGCUCAUAGCAAGCCGAAUUUAUUGUGUAUAAUCCGCGACUAGUGUAUCGGCAAGUUAAAUCGUUCCAUUCAAUAUAGUUUCGUUUUCUAUUUCUCGUUUUGAUUUUGAUUUUGUGUCCCCUUAGGCGUGCAACAUCAUGUACAAUGGAAUCGGGUUGGCAACGGCCCGCGGAUCAGGAACCAACGGAUAUGUAAUACGCAACUGGGCGGCUGUAAAAAAAGUCAAGGAUCAAACUUCGUUCAAGACCGAAGAAGAAUUAGCCAAGAUAGAUUCUGCCUCUAAUCGACAGCCAAACCAAGAGUUGUUAGAUCACGAUCGUAAAAGAAAAGUCGAAUUGAAAUGCAUUGAACUUGAACAGUCUCUGGAAGACCAAGGGUAGGUAUUGCCUAUGCAGAACCUUUUUUUCGUUUGUUUGUAAUACCUAUAUAUUUUAUUGAUUCUUCUUUUAAUUUAUUCCUUUUCUAGUUAUUCUCAAGACGAAAUCAUUGACAAAAUUAAUUCAUUUAGAACUACGUUAUUGGGUAAACACAAGUCUGGAACUGAGUAUGAUGAAUUUGGUAGACCAAUGUAAGUACACUUUACACAAGGUAGUUUAAUAUAUAAAUGUUUAUUUGUGUAUACAUUUAUGUAAACUUUGAUUAACAAGUAUAAAAAUUAUUUAAAAUUUACUUGAAAAUUUUAAAAAUUAAUUUCAUAUCACUAUAGGUAGAUUAGGUAUACCUAGUAAAUAUGUAUAAACAUGUUUAAAUAAAUACUACCUUAAAGUUAAAAUAUUUUCACAGUUCUAUUUAAAUUAAUAUAGGUAGGUUGAUUAUGUUAUAAUGCAUAUUUUUAUAUUUUUUUUUUAUUUUGUAAUUUAUAGAUUAUCAGUUAACUGUUGACUUUUGAGAGUAAACAAAUACAUUCAACAUUUAAGUUAGAUUUUUAUAUGUAGGUACUAAGUACAAUAAUAAAUAAAAUAGCACAAUUUAGUAAAAUUCAUGUAGGCAUUCAUAAUAAAAUGUAUUAAAACAUUUUCAAAUUUUUCUUUUUUGAUUUAUAUUUAUUAAAAUUGUCUAAAUUUAAAAAAAUGUAAAUGUAUUCUGAAAUGGUAGCACUAAUCUGUAAACACUGUAAACAAUGUGAUGUUGUGCCACUAACAUUACAUCCCUGUUUGGAUCAAUACUAGAACCUACCCCUCCUUGCCUUAAGUUUAUUGGCACCACCCACUAGUGUAUUGUAUACACAGUUUACUCUGGUGGUGAUGUAUGAGUCACUGUAUUAAAAUAUAUAUAUUUAUAAAUUUGUUUUUAUAUUUAUAUACAUAAGUUGUGCUCAUUUAUUUUAGUUAUUGUUUAUCAUGAGUGAAACUAGUAUAAAAUAAUAAUCCAUGUAGAGUGUAGUUAUGUAAAUCAUGGAGAAAUUACAAUAUAAACCACCGUGAUUUAUCAAAUUUAAAUUAUAAUUCAAUUAUUAAAUGUUAACCAUGUCUUCCAAGUCUGACAUGUGAUAUUGAUAAUUUAAUUAAUAUAAAUCUAGUCUUCCAUUUAAUUAUACAUAUAUAUAUAUAUUAAUAUUUAAACGAGUCUUCCAUUAAAUUAUUUACAUUUAAUAUUAAAACAAGUCUUCCAAAUAUUUUAAAUUGUGAUAAAAUUUACUGAAUAAAACUUAAUAAUUACUUAUAAAUAGAUUAAUUUUAUAUUUAUCUAUAUUAUAUUAAUAACAUGAACAACCCAAAUAAUGUCGAGCAACAAUCUUUUAAGCGGAUAUGGAGAAAAACCAUAAAAUCUGUGUUUAAAAAUCCAACAAAUGCCAUGAUAAUGGCAGAAACAAAAUCUGUUCAACAAGUCAAUGUUAAUUUAAAGAAAAAGAGGCCUAGACGCCGUCGGAAAAAAAAAAAUAAACAGAAAACUUGUGAUUAUUGUACAGAUAAAUCAAAUAAUAUGACUAAAUCACCAUCAACUUUAAAUGAACAAGGCACAUUAUUUCUUCAUCAUAUGCCCUGGGGUUGUCUGAAUACUAUUUGCCUUAAUGGAAUGCAGUUUGCUAAUAUUAAUAGCUUAAAAUCAUUUUUAAGGUAUUUUAAUCAACCAAAUUAAAUUAAUUGUAUUAGAGAAAUUUACAUUAGUAUUUAUAUAUAUGUAUUUAUUUAGAACUAGAAAUUAAUUUAGAAUUUAAAUACCUAACUGAUUGCAGCUCUAUAGAAAUACAUCAGCUAUAUUAUAUCUUUAGUACUUUAUCUAUUUUAAUAUAUAUGCAUAUAUUACAUCACAUAAUUUACCUAAUACUAUAUCUGUAUUCUAUGUGAUGUAAAUAUGUUAUAAACAUAUUUGUAUAGUCUAAUAUAUUAAUAUAUGUUAGAUAUUUCACUUCUAGAUUAUAACAGCUUAUUAAUUUUCAGCGUUAAGGAUACUCAUCAAUAUGCUGACGAACAAUUGAAAAAAAAUGCGAGACUUAGAGAUGCUUUUGGUAUAUCAGAAUUUUUCAUUGAAGGCUCUAGCUUAGAUCCAGAAAGAAAAACAAAAGAAGCAGCACUGGCCCAGUUAAAGGCGUUGCAGGUGGAUCAGGCAGUUGCGCAAACACAAAUGAAUGAUGACACCUCAACAAACAAAGACAGCAGUAUAACAAAUGAACUACAGUAAGUUGUAAUUUUCUUAUUUAAUAUAUUUCAUACAUUUUAAAACAUUUGUAUCAUAAGUACUUAACAUUUUAUUAAUUUUAAUAUUAAGGUCUAAAAGUCCUACUAAACAUAAGAAACGAAAGAAGAAGAAAUCAAAAUCUCAUAAAACAGAAAAGUAUGUAUAAGACUAAUUUUUUUUUAGUAAAUAAUCUACAUUUUAUUGGAUUUAUGGACAAGUAUAAAUGUUUACUAAACACACUCUAAGUUGAUGAUCAAAGAUUAAUUGAUCUUUUUGUGUAAUAGUUUAUUUAUUUCAUUUUAGUUUUGAAGAACUACAAUUGUAUAAGUAAAACUUUGAUCAUCAUAUUAUAGAAAGUAGCUUUAUGAAUUUUUGUGAUACACUUAGAUACCCAGUGAAAACUACUUGUUUAAUUAGGCGAUUUGUUGAUUACUGUUUAGUUAAACUGAUUAAAGGAUAUUAAACUAAAUAGUGGUAAGUUACUAUGUUUUCCAUACAAUAAUUUUUGUUUUGGUGUGAUUUUCCAAACAGUAUCGUAUUCUGCUAUACUCAUUUUUAAUAAAAUGAAAUACUAAAAUAAAUAAUUUGAUCACAAUUUAAUUAAUUAUUUCGCUAAUUAUUAAAAACAUUUUUCAAAAAUAAAUACUUUAAACUGUUCAAAUACAAGUAUAUUUUUAUUGAGGCCAAAUAAUUAUCUCAUUAUCAAAUAGUAUUCAACAAUUAUUUUAACUUAAGUAUUUUUCUGUUAUUUUUAUCUUGUUAUAAUUAUUAUUUAUUAUUAUUAUUAUUAUUUAUUUUGUUUUUAAAUUUACAUUAUGAAUUUAUAUAAAUACAAUUUCAGAUUAUUGUUGUUUCGCCGUUAUGAAUUAUUUUACUAUCCUUUUUAAUCAAAAUAACGUUUUAAAUAGGUAAACUCCUAAUUGUUUUUAAAAAUUCUCAUUAAUAAUUUAUCAUAAUUUUUGUCUCAAAUUUUGUUUUGAAAGUUAUUCAAAAUUAUAUUACGUGUCUAUUGUGAUAGAAAAUAUAUUUAUUUGAAACUAAUUAAAUCUUUUUUUUUUAAGAGUUAUAAUAAUCGAUAAUACCAAUUCAAAUAAAAUUAUUGGUUUUUCUUACUAUUGGCGAAAAUCAGAUUAGUUUUUUAAUUAAAAUAAACAAACAAUUAAUAUUUCAAUUAUAAUUUAAACCCAUACCUUGUAGAAGAAGAUGGCAGGAUAAUUUUUCCUUUUCAUAAUUAAUUAAUUAAUUAAAUAAAUAUAUUUUUUUACAUAUUGGAUUUAGUUUAAGUAUUAAGGUAAUUAAUAAAUGUAUUGUGUUUGCAGAGAAAAGGGAAGUGAUAAAAAAAAAUCAAAAAAACACAAAAAGAAACACGUUUCUUCAUCUGAAGAUAGUCCAAGGUAUGUAAUUCAAAUUCAUUAUAAAAAAAAUUAAAAUAAUUUGAGAUGCGAACAAAACAAAAAGUUUUUUUUAUAUAUUUAAUUAGGUGAAUUGAUAGAUAGUAAAUAAUUUCAUAUUUUUAUUUCAGAGAUGUUGAAGCAAAAAUUAAUAAGAGUCCUUUACAGAUAAAAUCAAAGUGUGAUUUUGAUAAAUCUAAUAAAGUAAUUAUAGAAAAUAGUAAAAAAAAAUAUGAAUCUGAAAAUAAUCAUAAAAAACACUCGAGAGAUGAUGAUAAAACAUAUAAGAAUGAUAAGAGAGAACUAGAAAGUAAAUAUAAGAGUGAUCGAGGGGAUUACCGUAGGAAAGAUUCAAAAACCGACAAUUACAAAAAUUCAAAAAAUAAAGAUAUUGUUCAUGAAUCUAAAAAACAAGAAAAUUCACCAAGACAUACUAAGUCACCAGUUAAAGGACGCGAUAGGGAUAGAGCAAGAGAUUCCAAUAAAUAUUCAUAUAGACAUCAAAAAAGUUGUGACGAUAGUAAAUCUAGUAAAGGAAAAUAUAAGAAAUCUGAUAGAGCAGACUCAAAAUACAAUUCAAAGAAAAGGAAUGAAAGUCCUGUAAGAGAAUUUAGAAAACCAAUUAUUCAACCUGAAAAAUUAACUUGUAUAACUUCUGGUAGUGAUAGUGAAAAAUCAUGUUAUACACCACCUCCUAAGGAUAUGAAUGCUACAUAUAUAAAAUUAGGCCAACCGAAAAUUAAUGAAGAAAAAAAUGUUAAGGGUACUAAAUAUACAUUUUCAUUGCGUGAGCAAAGUGAGGAUCGUUUAGUUGUGACUAAAGCUAAUGGACGUCCAAAUAACAUAAAAAUUUCAUCACAAAAUAACGAAACUCAACUGAAAAAAUUGGAUUCUCAGAAGACAAACGAACGAGUAGAUAAAAUAUUUUUAAAUUCAAGCUCAAGUGAAGCUGGUGAAUUAGAUGGUGAUAUUGAUUUAAAUAUAAUUAAAGAAAUUACUACAGAAAAAAUUAAAAAAGUAUUUGAAUUGCACGAAAAACAGGAGCAAGCAUUGCUUCAUCUGAAAAAAAAACUAAUGGAGAAAAAACGUAAAGUAAGAACUUCUUCCAGUUCAAGUGAAAGUUCUGAGGAACCUGUAAAAAAAAAAAGUGUCAAACGAAGACGUAUUAGAGAUUCCUCAUCUAGUGUCAGGUUUGUUAAUUUUUGAUUAAAUAAUUUUUAAUUAAACUGUUUCGUUAUUAUUAAAUAACUAUUUUCAGUUACUUUAUUUGUUUACAGUGAUAUGAGAAAAAAAUCCAAACGCGUACGUUCUAGUAGCAGUAGCAGCAGUGCAAGCGACACUAGCAUUGACCGUCAUAAAUCAUCAAAACGUCGCUCAUCUGACAAAUAUUCAAAGAAAAAGUCACCAUUAACACGCCGUCGUACUAAAGGAAGUACAUCUCGAUCAGUUUCCAUUAGCUCAAUUGAUCGCUUACGUAAGAAUCGGAUUUCAUCAAGUGAGGAAUCCAGUCCCAGGCGUAAGCAUAAAUCCUCCAAACGCAAACGUUCGUCUCGAAGACAAAGAAGCAGUGAUAGUAGCAGCUGCAGCAGUAGAUCAUCAUCGUCUUACAAAAAGAGAAGACGUUAUAGUUCAAGUCGUUCGCGUUCUACUAGUAGUUCAUCAAGCAGUCAUUACUCUCGCAGUUCUAGUUCUAGCCAUGACUCUAGCAGUUCUGUGUCUAGCCGUAGUUCAAAGUCUCGAUCUGCAUCCAUACCUAGGCGACGGGGGUCGCCUAGCUUUUUGGAUCGAAGACGAAUUACAAGGUAAAUUUUAAUGUUAGUGUGUGUUUUAUACCUCCAAUUUCAUUUUUAAAUAAAUAUAUUUGAGUUAAAAGAUUCCAUAAAAUGUUUUAAACUUUAUAAAAGAUAAUAUGUUACAUUUUUAAUUACUCAAAUUCUCAAACAAAAUAGUAAAAUUAUGUUCCUAUCUCAUUUUAAAUUAUGCUCGAAUCACGAUUUGGAUGAUGAGACUGGAACACAGGUAUCAGGAUAAUCAGUUUAUGUAUUUUGUAUAAAUAUUGUCCAGUGUGUGUAAAAUACCUUUUUGUAAAUUUAUGGCAAAUUUAAAUAUUACAUUUUAUAACAAUGGGUCUUAUUUAUCUACGAGUUUUUAUUUAUUUAUUGUUCAUGUAUUUGAUUAUAAUAUUAUAUUUAAUCCUAUAAAUGAUACGCCAUUAAUUUAUGAAAAGGUCCAAGUUAUUUUUGCUAAUUCAAUAUAUUAUAUUAGCAAAACUAAAAAUUAUUUUAACUAUUUAUUAUUUUGCCACCCUCAUGUGCUUAAAUUGUUUCUUUCAGUUAUUAUAAUUUGUUUUUUUUCUUAGUAGAUUAUGAUUAUGCAUGACCAUGUAGAUAUGAAUUACUAUUAUCUUAACAAUAAAAAUACCUGUACGAUUUGAAUUUCUCAAACAAUUUUUACUGUGUUUUUAUUUCUUUAUUGUUAAUUCUUAAACGGAUUAAAAUGAAAUGAAUUUUUGAAUGCAAAAUCGUACAAUACAAACUAUAUUUAUAUAGUGUACGUUUUUAUUUUUAUUUUUUGUUAUUAAAUGUAUUAUUUUUUAUUAUAUAUCUUCACGUAUUAUAAGGACCAUGUAGUAGACCACAUACACCCAUUUGAAUUAUUGCUUUUGUAUGACAUGUAAAAAAAAAAAAAAAAUAUAAUAUUUUAAAACGGCAUAUAUGCACUUUGAUUUUUAAUUUCAAGACAUUAUACAUUUUUUUUUGCUUUCAGAUGAUAUGCAUCAUGGCUACGUUAUAAUUUGUGUGUGUUUUUAUUUUCAUUUUGUUUUAUUUAGAUUUGAUAUGUUUUGAUUUUUUGGCAGUUUUUUUUUUAAAUUUACAAGCUGGUAAAUAUUGAACUUCAUUUUCACCUCAUACUUUGAAUUCUGCAAUAAGAUGUCCAAUAACGGUUGAAAAUUAUUUUGUAGUGCGAGAAAAAGACCUAUCCCAUACACAAGACUAACGCCGUUUUCCACCAAUUCCGAUACGGAUAGUGUCAUCAGCGUGCACGAUUCGCCGUAUGCUGAGAGCCACUAACUCGGAACUAAUAUUACAUACACUAACGCGAUUUGUUAUAGUGCAAUAACCAUUAGGCCAACUCUUAACAAUUUUGUUAUUUAACUUUCUAAUCAAACAUUGGAGUAUGGACUAAUAAGAUUCUAUUGUUAUAUAAUCAUUAAUCAACAUUCCUAGCAAAAAUGAGAGUUAUUCUAAUACUAACAUUCCAAGUAGAAUAAUCUAAUAAAUAAGACUUAAACCAACAAAAUCUAGUCAAAAAUCUAAGUCAUUAUUUUACUUCUCUAUUAUAAAAUAAAACUUUUGUGAUAAUUUAUUUUUGACGGGAAUAAUACAAUGUUUUUCAUGUUAUUAAUAUUAUGUUGUUCAAUGUUAUUAAUUAUAUAAUUUUUUUUUUUAUAUGUAUGUGUAUGUGUGUGUUUAUACAUAUAUAUAAAUGUGUAUGUUAAAAAUGAUAUUGUUUCAAUAAUUUUCAAAAUAUCCGCAUUUAAGAUUCCUCGGUAUAAUGCAAAAUACCAAUAGCAAGUAAAUAUUCUAUUACUAAUUUUUAAUACAAUAUAUUUAUUGGAUUUAUGAUAGAUUUAAUGUCUGUUUGUACUUAAAAAUAAGUGUGUGCAAUAACAAACACGCAUAUUAAUAACAACCGCAUAACUAUUGCUUUAUUACAAGAUUACUGUUUAAAAAAUUACAUUUUAAACAGUUGUACAAUUCAAUCUUUCAUGUAUAUUUAAAUACCGAAUUGAUUUUAUUGUUAUUGAUUUAUAAUGUAUAUACAAUAAAAACAGUCUUGGAAUUCUACAAUAAACUUCCCAGUUUUAUAAUUCAAAUAAAGUAUAAUUAACAGAUUCAAUUGCUCAGUCGUUUGAAAUACAAAUUAAUAUGUCUUUUACAAAACAAAAUAUAUAUUAUAUAUUUCUAAUAAGCGAAACUAUGAAAAUGGUUUUUAUAUACAAAUUAGGUAACAACAUUUAUGUAUCUGUAACAAUUUUGUUGUGUGGAAUUUAUGUUUGUCUUUCUUCAGUAUUAAAAUAAAAAUAAAAUACUGAAUAAUAAAAGUCUUGUAAUGUAAAAAAAAGAAAGAAAGAAAGAAAGAAAAUAUUUAUAUAAGAUUCUUUAGAGUCUACACAGUAAAAGAAGUGCUCCAAGAAAUGCAAUUAGAGCUCCAAAUAUUGGCAUUAAUUUCAUAGAAUUUACAUCUUGUGGAUCUGGCGCUUUAGGUCCACUUGGAUUUCUACUAUGCUGUACUAUUUUAACAGGUUCUUUGCCUGCUUCAUUAACUGGUUGGUCUUCUUCUACUUCAAUUUCAUCUGGUGGUUGUGGUUCAAUUUCCGAAUACAAAUCUGGUAAUCUUGGUAUAUCUAAAAAACAAUAAAAUUUAAAAUAAACAAAAUUACACCUAAUAGUUAUAAUAUUAAUAUUCAAUUAGUUAUCAUAAUAUCUAAACUUGGUCCCAAAUUACCAGAAAUUCUGCCUCUGGCUACUAGUACUGCAUUAACUUUAGGAUUAUCUCGUUCACCCUAUUAAUAAAUGCAAAAAUAAUAGAUAUU